AUGGCAGAGGGACAUAAUUGGAUAGUAGAUGUGCAUACUCACAUUCUUCCAACCAGACUUGCACAAAAGAUUCGCGGCGUCUUUCUUGCAGCUGAAGGUCUUUCUGUUGGUCAAGAUGCAAAUCAUAUAUGCUGUACACCGGCUUACAACAAAGCAGAUGAAGAUCAAGGUCCAUCAUUCACAGAUCAGCCAUUAUUCGAACUGAAAUAUCCUGCAUACAACAAAGAUGGGAAUAUGCAAAAGAUUCUUUCUGAGAAUGGGAUUCGAUCGAUUUGGGUGUUACCAUAUGCUCACAAAGGUGAUGGAAUGGCACAUCAACUCAACGGAGAUAUCGUAGUAACAUGCACAAAAGGUACUUUCGAGACAGCAUUCAUCGAUGCGAUACCGGCUCUGACUGUUCACCCCGAUGAUGAAAAAGAGGGUGUUCGAUUGACAACACUUGAAGCACUAAAAGCUGGAUGUAAGGCAGCCAAGUUGCACUGUUCAGUGGGACACUACGGAAUCCUGCAUCCCUCCUUGGAGCCAUUCUGGGAAAUAGCAAAUCAAAUCAGGCUACCGGUGAUCGUUCAUGUUGGAAAUCAUAUCUCCGGUCAUACGGCCGUCUCUGAGCUGGAUGACGUUGACAAAUUGAUGCAAAGAUACAAACAUGUAAUCUUUGUGAUUGCUCAUAGUGGAGCGCCAGGAACAAGUGAGGCGAUCAAAUUGGCAACCCAAUAUUCAAACGUAUAUCUCGAUACAACACCCGUUGUUAGUCAUACGAUUGCAUAUCCGCCAAAAUCUCAUUCACAGUAUCCAGACUUGAUCCGAUUGGCAAAAGAGGGAAAGGUGUUAUUUGGAACAGAUUUUCCCAAUGUAGCUGUGUCGAUUGAGGAACAGAUCAAGUAUAUUUUUGACACGUUUGCAACGGAUGAAAGUUGGAAGCAGAAAAGGAAAGAACUGGAAGCAAAAGAGACAGCUGAGGGGCUGAAAUGGUGGCAGUAUAAGGAGUAUGCUCAACAAGCGGGGAAAGCCGUUGUAGAAGUCUUGGGUGAUGCUGCAUUGCGGAUUUUUGAGCAAACAGAUCAAGGCAGUCUUUCACAAUUUACUUCUCAUCUUUGA